CAUAUAUGUCAUUUUCACAGUUUUUUUGCAUUGGUGAUUUGCAGCAAUUUAAUCUAUUUGCUCACAUAGACAUUUCACAGCUUCUAACAUGAUAUUCUCAAACAAUUGAUGUCAAUGCAAGGACGAAAUCACACACAUCAUUUCAUUACCUUGCUGAUGCACAAUGGUUGAUUGCAAGAAAGAUGUCACCUUACCACCACAGUUCGAGAGUUGGCUACUGCUGUAUACAAAGGAGAUGGUUCGUUAAGAAGAUAACGUCAUUUAACCUCCGGGACAGUGACUCUGUGGACAUACUGCGACAGAAAUUAAAGUUGUCAUUCAAGGCUAAGAUUGGAGUGGUAUGCAGCUUUAUCCUAGGCAGUGUUCUGUUUGUUACGCACACAGUCUGGUCAUUGAGUGAGAAGUUACGCUUCACCCAUGAGGCCCAUGAGGCUGACCGUAGGACCAGGUUCAUCUACAUUGACAAGCCACUGGCUCUAACUAUGGAGGAUAUUUUUCCAGAUACAUUUAGAGGAAAAUUCAAGUAUCACACGGAAAAGUAUGGCAGGAAAGUACUGCCGUGGGUUCAGUCUAAAUCCAAGGACCCGGCUCUGCUGUUGAACCUCGCUGAGUCCAGGGACCCAGAGAUUCGCAGACUGGGACUGAAGAGUCUUACUGGCGACAAUGACUGGGAAGAUCAUCAGUUCAGGAAGGUUGCACAGGCUUGCUCAAACCGGACAAUGGUCAGUUUGGCAAGAAUUCAAGAGGCUGACAACAGACUCUUCAGACCCAUGCCUUGGCUGCCUCCACCAAAAGCUACCAUUGAAGACGAAUUAAGAGGUCUGUUAUCCAAGCUUCAGAAAGAUAUAACAGACACGGCAAUCCAAAAAUACACGACUAGAGUUUUACCCAAGGAAAAACAGAAAAGUAUUGUAGAGACCGGGCCUUGGAGCUUUGGAGGUACCGCCCUUGAAUAUGCCAGGUCUGCUAGUGACGACUCAGAGGGACAGGUGGAGCUGUUGUUCAUGGAGACCCUAGCCAUACACAGUCAGAUUACAGAUCAACUGGAGAAGAUUGUAGAGAAUGGAGCUUUACAGCUGUUCCAGCGUAUACUCAUGGAAUAUGAGAAAAUACGAGAGUUUAGACCUCUUAUUGCUAGAAUCCUUGCCAACUUGGCACUCAACGUGAAACUUCAUAAGCUGAUCAUCGAAGGAGGUUGGGUGGCAGUGUUACACAAGUGGCUAUCUACAAAGGACACAGCGCUGUUUUUCUACACCACCAGGGCGCUUGCGAACUUAGACCGUGAUAUGAACACGGACAUUGAUGUAGAUGCCAUGUAUGAUGAGGGCAUUUAUCCGGGAUACCCCGUGUUCAGAUCAAGAGAAGCGAAGCACAAGGUAAAGGUGGACAUAGUGUUCAUACAUGGCCUGCGUGGCGGACCUUUCAAAACGUGGAGACAGGAGGAUCGACGUCACACGGAGACCGGAUUUGUUGUAACCGACGAGUUUAGACGAUCACAUACAUUUUUCUGGCCAAAGGACUGGCUAGCACAUGACUUGAAAGAUGUGCGCAUACUGAACGUUGGCUACGACACCGAGUUGACCACGUGGAAUCUCAAACAUCCUCUAGAGGCCGAAAAGCGAACUUUAUCAAGCAGAAGUGCAACAUUUAUUGAAAAAUUGAGGAAAGCAGAUAUUGGGUCCCGCCCAGUUAUAUGGGUUGGACAUUCUAUGGGAGGUUUAUUGAUCAAAGACAUACUACGCCUCGCCCAAUCAACCCCAAGGUAUAGAUGUAUCCUUGACAACACUAUUGGUGUAUUGAACUACAGCGUUCCGCACAGGGGAUCAAGUCUGGCCACAUUCUCAAAAAAAUACGGCGUCAAGUAUACUAUAUUUCCGUCCACAGAGGUCUUAGAAUUAGAUAAAGAAAAUGAGACGUUGAAAAGUCUACUGGAGUUUUUCAACGCCAUCGCUCUACAACGUGGGAUUUUGGUACUGAAUUUUGGGGAGACAGAAAAGACUCAGAUCGGAAUGAAUAUCAAAUUGCAUGUUGUCCCCCCAGAAUCAGCGGAUCCUGGCAUAGGCGACUUUCAUCUAAUAAAGUCAGACCACAUCAACAUCUGUAAGCCAAGAGAUGUUGACAGUGCCUUGUACACUCUCAGUCGAGAUUUCAUGCGUAAGUGUAUACAGAAACAUGAGGACAGACAUAAAAAGAAGAACAGGAAAAGGAAACAAUCUGAUAGAGAAGAGACCGAAUACUGACGCUGUUAUAUUCCACAUUUACAUUUCAAGCAGAUUUGUAUUAUUACUUAAAUGACAAAAAUGACAUAAUUGUAUUUUAAAGCUUUUGUACAAGGAUUAAGAUUUUAUUAGCAAAAUAUAUCAUUAAUUUAUUCUUACGUUUUUGCUGUCUUAACAGAUUGUAUUUCCUCUCUCUGAUAUCCUCAUGGAUUUUUAAUUGAUGUAUGUUAAUUAGUUAUCAUGACCAGACACAGUAUUGCACAUACCCAACAUGCUUCUAUGUAUAAGUCAAGGUCAAACUUCAUAUAAUAUUGUUUUGAUAUAUGUAUAUAUGCAUUGACCAAGUUGUUUUAAAUUGUUAUUAUUUGUUAAAUCAAUUAUGAUUAAAGUUUUAAGACGUU